AAUUCAUAGUGGAGAGAAACCCUACAAAUGUGAAGAAUGUGGCAAAGCAUUUACCUGGUGUUCACGUCUUAAUAUACAUAAGAGAAUUCAUACUAGAGAGAAACGCUACAAAUGUAAAGAGUGUGGCAAAGGCUUUGCCAGAUCCUCAACCUAUAAUAUACAUAAGAGAAUUCAUACCAGAGAAAAACCCCACAAAUGUGAAGAAUGUGGCAAAGCCUUUAAUAAGUGCUCAGACCUUACUAAACAUAAGAGAAUUCAUACUGGAGAGAAACCCUACAAAUGUGAAGAAUGUGGCAAAGCCUUUGCCUGGUCCUCAAACUUUAAUGUACAUAAGAGAAUUCAUACUGGAGAGAAACCCUACAAAUGUGAAGAAUGUGGCAAAGGCUUACAUAAGAGAAUUCAUACUGGAGAGAAACCCUACAAAUGUGAAGAAUGUGGCAAAGCCUUUGCCUGGUCCUCAAACUUUAAUGUACAUAAGAGAAUUCAUACUGGAGAGAAACCCUACAAAUGUGAAGAAUGUGGCAAAGCAUUCAGAUGGUUUUCAAACCUUUAUACACAUAUGAGAAUUCAUACUGAAGAGAAACCCUACAAAUGUGAAGAAUGUGGCAAUGGCUUUGCCUGGUCCUCAAACUUUAAUGUACAUAAGAGAAUUCAUACUGGAGACAAACCCUACAAAUGUGAAGAAUGUGGCAAAGCCUUUAAUCGAUGUGCAGACCUUACUAAACAUAAGAUAAUUCAUACUGGAGAGAAACCCUACAAAUGUGGAGAAUGUGGCAAAGCGUUUACCUGGUGCUCAUACCUUAAUAUACAUAAGAGAAUUCAUACUGGAGAAAAACCCUACCAAUGUGAAACAUGUGGCAAAGACUUUAAACAUUACUCAGUCCUCACUAGACAUAAGAGAAUUCAUACUGGAGAGAAACCCUACAAAUGUGAAGAAUGUGGCAAAGACUUUACACGGUACUCACUCCUCACUAGGCAUAGGAGAAUUCAUACUGGAGAGAAACCAUACAAAUGUGAAGAAUGUGGCCAAGACUUUGCCCAGGGCUCACACCUUAGUACCCAUAAGAGAGUUCACAUGAGAGAAAACCUUCAAAUGUGA